AUGUCAUGGGGCCAGGAGAGUCAACACUUACGUCACGUGCCAUUGCCGGUGUGGAGGAACGAGGAUUGCGACCGAGCCUAUUUCCAACCAAUCGGCAGAAACUUCAUCUGCGCCGGUGUGCGCACGGGCGGACGAGAUGCCUGCCAGGGUGAUUCAGGAGGGCCAUUGCUGCUGGACAUAGGUGGUGCAUGGCACCAAAUUGGACUAGUGUCAUUCGGGAACAAGUGUGCCGAGGCAGGUUACCCCGGGGUCUACACCCGAAUCACUGAAUAUCUUGAUUGGCUUGCAGCCAAUCUCCACCAGAGAUGUCAACAGGGUCAGGAGAGGGAGCAGCUGCAGAAACGCCAGUCAACGUGGAAGGACGUGAUACACCUACAGCAGAUGUGGACAUAUGUGACUGAUCACAGCUUGCAGUUGGCAUCCCACGACCACGGCCUAGUAUGGCUGGACUUGGUUGAGCAAUUAUGGGGGCUGGAGCAGCAAAGCCAGGUGGAGGUCCCCGAGCUGCUGCAAGUGGCCUUGCUGCCAUUCCACGCCCCAGUGUCGGCAGUAAGACGGGCUCCCUCUGCUGCCUUGUAUAUGUUGGCUGCAAUGCGACCUCGAGACUUGGGCAAGCGCACAUCAUCAUCAUCUGCACCAUCAGUGGAAUGGUACUGCACCCUGGGCUCACGAGGCAUUGCAGGGGGACCUGUUCACUGUGAUCGUGAAAUUCGGUUCAGCAUGGCAGACCUAGACGAUUUCUUUGCCAAGAAGGAUAAGAAGAAAGGGAAGGGCAAAAAAUUCACCACGUCCGAAGAGAUCGCAAAGAAACUGGAAGAGAGUGGAAAAAAGCAGGAGAAAGUAGUUAAAAAGGAGAAACCUAAGCCAGCUGUCAUCGAUGCAACAGAAAGUGGUGGCGAAGUUGGUGGGGGAAAACCACAGGAAGUAGACGAAUGGAAGGACUUUGAAGAAGAAACUGAGAAGGAUUAUUCGGGGCUGAAGAUUCAAAAACUGCAUAUCAGUGAAGAAGGGGAUGGAGAUGGAGAAGGGAAUGAAGAAACUGAUGAGACUGGAGAUGGGAAAGCAUCUGGUCCAUGGAAGAUGCCCAGUUCCAUCCCUCCUGCUGGUGAAGAACCUGAAGAAACACAUAUGGCUGAAGCAGAGGUAGAACAACCUGAAGCCCCUUCCAAGGAACCAGAGGCCACAUCAGGUCAUGCCUCCACUUAUAGACCUCCCCAUCUUCGGAACGUCUCUGCUACCAAGGCAGUUACUACAGGGCGAGGAGGUCACAGGCGGAAGGACAAAGCAGCACCAGACAUCAAUGAUGAAUUUUACUUCCCAUCACUGGCCUCAUCUGUUUCUCAGGAACCGAAUCCCAAGGCAAAGAAAAGUGCUUGGGGAAUGGAUGAUGGGUUCGAGUCAGUGAAGCAUGGCUCGAGACUAGAGCGUGCUGCCGUUGUAGCCCCAAAAUUGACUGUUGAAAACAAAUACGGUGCUCUCAGUGAACAUUAUGCAUUGACGCUGCUCCGUACACUACCUCGUGUCUCCCUGAACAACCUCCGACCAGAGGUGAAGAAGGAAACACCAAAGAUGAUCAAGCGGAGGGGUCAGUAUGGGGGUUAUGGAGGUCAUGGAGAACGGAGCAACCUCCCAGCUCCUCUGGGUCGUAGCUAUGGCCAAAAGUCUUUCUAUCUCCAGUUCCAAAUUGAAAAUUACUACAAGGGCCAUCACAUGAAACGUCAAUAUCCACCCAUCUCCCUCCUUCAGCUUCAGACAUUGAUUGACACUGGACGUCUGGAUGCAUCCAAGCCCAUUGAUAUCACUGCCAUCUGUCACACAGGACUGUUCCACCUGGAUCCUUUGCAGAAACACUAUGGCUUUCAGAUAACAGAUGAAGGUGCAGAUGAUUUUACAACACAGAAAAAAAAAAACCUGCACAACCUCUACCUCUUCAGAAUUCAGCUCCAAUCGCACAAUCACAUUGAUCUGACAUGUGCUGCUGGGAAACCGAUACCACGGAGGAAGUUGCCACCAGAAGAUGCCCUGGAAUAUUACACAGAUCCUAGGAACAGAGGGUAUCUGGCGGAUCCAGAGAAGAUCCAAGAGGAGAGAUUCGUAUUGGCCCAGCGAUAUGGAUAUGAACUGCCCAAUCUGGAAAGAAGUCCCCUGCGAGAGAUGCUCUUCAUGAGAAAAGGCUCUGGGCAGGUCUUCUUUGGCCUACAGCCCGGUUGGGUCGUGAACCUCAGGGACAAAACAGUUCUCAAACCUACUGACCCUGAACUCUUCAUCCCUCCCUCGUGUGGUUCAUCGGCUAAGUGCUUUCAGUCUCAGUUGGCUCACUUGAAGGAAGUCCAGAUUGUGCUAACGACUUCGUCCACUACCUCUCCAACCACACGUCUCACUGAUCUCAAACUCUUGGAUCAUUGGAAACAUCUGGACCCUCACCUUCCCACUGAAAAAGUGGUGACCGUGAACCUGCCACAAGAGACUGUGAAAAAUGGAAGCCUCACCUUGCAUCUUUUCCUAUUCCCUCAAACUCCUGAGUCAUCUGAAACUUGGCAAGAACUCCUGCAUGGAACCAAGGGGGCCAAGAAGAGAGUUUACUUGAGCCAUCCUCUAACAUCACACCUUCCCAAACUUCCUCACACCUACCAUCUCCUACAAGGAGAUGAUUCUGAGAAGGUGAAGAAGGAGGUAAAAGUGGAUGAUGGGAGACCAUGGACCCACCUGAAGCAGAAAGUAUCACUGAACAUCAUGACUGAUCUUCUUUCCUUUCCUGAGACUAUCCCCAGGGAUCUUCAUGCUCUUGUCUACAUGAAUGAAGGUGAGUACAUGCCAGUCCUAUAUGCAGAUGAAAUGCAUCUGAAACGUGAGGAUCUCCUGUGUCUCAACUCUUCCAUCAAACAGGCAAAUCUGACACUCAUGUACAACCCAAUUUCAUUUGGGAAACUCAGGCUGUGGAGGCAGCUUGAGAUGAGUUUUGUAGCCAUGAAAGACAUGGGCUUCACAGACAAGGAUUUAGAGGAUGUGAAAGGCAUUUUUCAUGCUGAACCCUUCCUUCUGUUCCUUACACUCUUCGUCUCAUGUUUCCAUCUGCUGUUGGACAUCCUAGCACUGAAGAAUGAUGUGAUGUUCUGGAAGCGAAAGAAGAGUAUGCUGGGACUAUCUCUAUACUCAGUGCUUUGGCGCUGCUUCAGCCAGUGGGUCAUCUUCCUCUACCUGCGGGAGGAAAACACCUCCUACCUUGUCCUCAUCCCUGCUUGUCUUGGUGCCAUCAUUGAGACAUGGAAAGUGAUGAAGGCAUACAAAUGGCGUAGCAAUGCUGGCCAGAGCUCAGAGGAGAAGAAGAGUGAUACGUUCGACUCAGAAGGGAUGCGAUAUCUUCUCUUUGCCCUUCUACCAGUCCUCCUUGGAUAUUCCAUCUACUCCCUCCUCUACAAGCCACAUAAAAGCUGGUACUCAUGGGCGAUGGAGACGACAGUAGGGUUUGUGUAUGGAUUUGGGUUCGUUUUCAUGUUCCCGCAGCUAUUCCUCAACUAUCGACUCAAGUCGGCAUGCAACACCUUCAUUGACGACCUGUUUGCAUUCAUUAUCCGGAUGCCGACCAUGCACCGCAUCGCUUGCUUCAGGGAUGAUGUUGUGUUCCUCAUUUAUCUCUAUCAACGAUGGUUGUAUCCAAUUGAUAAGAGUCGCCUGGACGAGUACGGCGAUGAGAUUCCGGAGAAGAAAGAGAAAAAAAUGCAAUAGUCUCUCACUUGUCAUAAAUAUGGCUUUUUACUGCUUUUUCACAGGGUCUUUGUCCCUCAGUCACAUUUCAUACUGUUAUUACUUGGUGUAUUUAUUUGGAUGUGAUGGAAGAAAUAUUGUGAUUCUAGAAAU